ACCACUAGAUCAAAUCUCUUCUUUUCACACGCAAAUUGACGUGUACCACUCAUUGAUAAAGUUUUGGAAUUGCUUUAAAUCCAAAAACAAGUUCAAUUAAGCAAUCACAUAGUAAUAUACAAGAUGGGUUUCAAAGCUUUACUUGUGUGUUCCUUUGUACUAUUUUUCUAUAGCUAUGGUUUCUCAAUGGCUCAAAUGGUUCCAGCUGUUUAUGUUUUUGGAGACUCACUUGUAGAUGUUGGAAACAAUAAUUACUUGACUCUAUCUAUUGCCAAGGCAAAUCAUCGUCACUAUGGUAUUGAUUUUCUUAAUCACAAACCAACUGGGAGAUUUAGCAAUGGCAAAAAUGCUGCUGAUUUUAUUGGUGAGAAAUUGGGUUUGGCAACUUCACCACCUUACCUCUCCUUAAUAUCAAAGGGUAACAAAAAUGAAAAUAAUGCAUCCUUCAUAAAUGGUGUUAGCUUUGCUUCCGCAGGUGCUGGAAUAUUUGAUGGUACAGAUGAACGCUAUAGACAAUCGUUACCGUUGACAAAGCAAGUGAACUAUUACACAAACGUGUAUGAGGAACUAAUAAGAGAAGUGGGAGCAAGUGCUUUACAGAAACAUCUCUCAAAAUCAAUUUUUGCUGUUGUGAUUGGAAACAAUGAUCUCUUUGGAUAUUUUGAGUCAUCAGAACUUCGUAAGAAAAAUACCCCACAACAGUAUGUUGAUUCCAUGCUUUUCUCACUCAAACUGCAACUACAGCGAUUAUAUGAUAAUGGUGGGCGUAAAUUUGAGAUUGCGGGAGUCGGAGCACUUGGAUGUUGCCCUAUGUUCAGGCUCAAGAACCAAACGGAAUGUGUUGUAGAAACCAAUUAUUGGUCUGUUCAAUAUAACAAAGGUCUUCAAUCCAUGUUGAAGGAAUGGCAAUCAGAGAAUCAAGGCAUAAUCUACUCUUACUUCGACACUUACGUCGCCAUGAACGACCUCAUUCAAAAUCCAGCUUCCUAUGGAUUUACAGAUGUUAAAGCUGCUUGUUGUGGACUAGGAGAGCUAAAUGCCAGGGCUCCUUGCCUGCCUGUGUCACAUCUUUGUCCCAACAGACAAGACCACAUUUUCUGGGAUCAAUUUCAUCCUACAGAGGCAGCUUCGCGUAUAUUUGUGGACAAAAUUUUCGAUGGUUCUUCAACUUACACUUCUCCUAUUAACAUGAGACAGCUAGUAGCAGCCUGAAGUUGGCUAUAGACGUGGAAAUAGGUCAAGCGAACUGACAGAUGCUUACAACCUAACCUACGUCAGGCCAUUGGCAAUCAAUUUUUCACUUCAAAUGAUAUUUUUUUUGUACAACCAAAGGGAAAUUGUAGACUCUUCGACAAACUAUAGCGUGUUUCUGACAUUCAUCUUCUCUUGCAAAUACAUUAGGAUGAUAAGGCAAUUCAAAUGCUUUUACUCUGACUUUUGCUCUGUGAUUUGAAAGAGUUCAAAAAAUAUCAAAUUCCAUCCCACAAGAGCAAUCUUUAGCAACACAUUUCUCAAAAAAUUUAAUGAUUCCUCAAAAUGGCAUUACUUGCCCAGAAAAUAAUCAAAGAUUUUACCAAA